CGUUGAGAAUAGUUUAACAAUAGCAAAAAACAUGGGCGCUGAGGCCGGCGGUAACUAUCGAUAUGGAGUGAGCAUUUUGUCAGACUUACUAUGGCUCCAGUUUAGUCAAAAUCCCACAUUCACGUUCAAGGCGGCGAUGAUCGGCCAUGCAGUACAUCUCACACGAGAUUUCCCGAUGCGGUAACCUCUCAUGAUGCAGGAGCCCCUAUUCCGUGUGCUGAGGACUAAGCCCUCAUGCGGGCCAAGGUUUUCGACCGAAGAAUAUCGUGGAGAAGAGGAAGAUGGCGGAUAUUGUAUAGCUUCUAUUAUGGGAAUUCUGCUUGAGUGAGAAUUAGAUGCUAGGGGAGAUGAUUCUAUAAAGUCGUGCUCUCGACGCCUGUUCUUAAUCGAGCCCGAAAACUUCAGCAACCAAACCAUAUUCAUCAACCAUAACCGUCUAGUUUUGAGAUUAUCCAUCACCAUGAAGAACCUUACCUUGCUAGCUUCUCUCAUUGGCCUCGCCGCGGCUUCAUCUGCCGUUAACGUCCCUGACACAGGCCUUGAAGUUCGUGCGGAUCCCGAUGAUCUUAUGAUCUUCGUAUGCAACGAUGGCUUGGACGAGAUAUGCACGAACAUGUGCUACGGAGCUUACUGCGCUGGCAUCGGUACAGCGUUGCGAUACGACCAGCCCGACCCAAGCACAAAACGCAACCGCCGUAAGGCUGCUGGCUGUAUCGCGUCCGGCGGUAAUCGCUGCUCAACUAAGCAGCAUCACGAUCCCGGGUACCAAUGCGAUGAGUAUCCAUUCGCGUCAUCGGUCCCCAACGGUGGUACCAACGUCCGCCUCAACCGUUGCGUACCGGCCUCUCAGAAUCGCAAGCAAGGUGGUAUCAUCAGCGCUUUCUACAAGAGCAGCUAUUGCAAAGGCAACAAUGGCGGCAAAUGCGAGUUCUCAGUAGAGUUCUCUAAUGCCGGAACCAUCAAAUACUGCAACCAACAAAACUGCGGUGACAGGGACGAUAACGAGGUCCGAGGACCCAACACUGACGCUAACCCUGGCGACUCGGCUGAAGAUGGAACGGAUGAUGACCCGGACGCCGGCCAGAAGAAGAAGCGCAACGGGUUGGGCAAAAGACUUCCCGGUGCACCUGUAUACCGUACAAGCUCCGGCCUGGAGCUUGAUCUGCCUAGAGGGGCUCAGAUCGGCCAGCGGGCUUUUGUUGUCUUACCGCGCAACGCGACGUUGUGGGAUGAACAAGCUCAGUUUGGGAACCCUAAGCAUGUAGGGCAGCUACAUGGCGAUUUGGAUGAGGAAGACGAAGAUUAUGAUUAUAUGUUGGCCAACUUGGAGAUCAGGGAGGACACAAUCGUCGAAGAGAUUAGUUCGGCUGCUUAGGUUCAGGAACAGGUUCCCGUUGCGGUUCUAUAAAGCGCGACAGGCUUCGGCCUUACCAAUUUUCCUUUUAGUAUAAUGAUAGAUUUGGAUAGUUUGUUAUCCUAUAUGUAUUCGGUAUACUAUGUACCUCGGUGUCAUGAC